CUGAUUCUACUGCAUCUGGAAGGUGGCUUAUGAAUGAGUAUUCACUUCUUGAUUCUUUUUACCAGGAUAACAACAAGAAGGAGUAUGUACUCUGUCGUAUAAAACGGACUAAAAUAGGCAAAAGAAGUUUUGAGAGUACUGCGCCACAACUCCAACCACAGUCAGUACCCUUGGUUAGUAAGAAACCAUCACCACCAGCACCGGUACCAGGACAGUCCUCAUCACUACCAGCAACAUCCGUAUAUGAAAUAGGGUCAUCAUCGUCAACACAAUCAUCCGUCUAUGAAGUAGGGUCGUCACUGUCAGCAUCGUCAUCAGCAAAUAUGGAACCCCUGAUUCUCAUGGGAGGGAUUCCCUGCGACAUGAAUGGGUUCUACUACUCAUCAGCAAUAAUGCAACCCCUGAUUCUAAUGAGAGGAAUUCUCUGUGACAUGAAUGGGUUCAACUACUCAUCAGCAAACAUAGCAUCUAGUCAGCCUGAGGAAGAGAGGUCUGCUGGUUCGGCAUUCCUUUUGUAG